CAUCGCAUGUGCAUUUCUGAAAGUUGUUCGAUCGAGGGCCAUUGAUACCACUGAAAUAUCUUAUAUCUUUAUUAUAACGAUAAUUUAAUCAUUUUUCAUAUACAUUCGCACAUGUAGAUUCCGAUUUAAAAUUAGUGUUAUUAAAUGUAAGUACAUCGGUGUACUGAUUUGGCAACGAGGCACAAUAUGUCCGCGUGCAUGUGACAGAACAACAGUCGGUUUGCGAGCGAGCGAGAUAUCAGAUGUACGUCAAAGAGAAGGAAAGAGAACGCGUGACGCUUCGCACUCGUCCCAGGCAGAAACCACCAAGUGACAAGACGUUGACAGCUCUGCGUUGGCAGAGUGCUGGCCGAGCGUCAGCGUGUCAGAGAGCGGCGGGGGGCGACAUUUUGGCGAGGUCGGCCGGCGGCGUCAUGUCACUGGACACGUUGCUCGAAGCGGCCCGGUACAUCGAACAGCAAGAACAGAAACAAAAGCAACAGCGUCUGGCCGCCGCCAAACGACGAACCAGUUCCUUCUGCCGCAUCGAUGAGGAGCCCUACCGCGCCAGCAACGGUCACCAUCAGCAGCAGCAGCAGCAGGCGUCUGCAGCGAGUGGCGGCGGAACCUCCUUAGCCUACUCGUCUGGUGUUCCCGUCGAACGCGAACGCCACACCUCCGUCGGCUCUGACAGGUCGCACAGGUCGAGCACCUCGAUCGCCACGAACCAUUCGACCAUCCUGGACGAUGGUGUCAACAGGACAAUCGCCCAUAACCAGACCGACGGCGAGAACGGCGGAGUGUCGUCCGACCAUGGGAGCAGGCGGAGGACAAACAGCAGCAGUAUGGGGCCCCUGUCGAUGAGGUCGAGUAAAGUCCCCGGUACUCGAGAAGUCCACAACAAAUUGGAGAAGAAUCGAAGGGCUCACCUGAAAGAAUGUUUCGAAUUACUCAAAGACCAACUACCUCCGAGCCCCGACGAGAAGAAAGCAUCUAACUUAAGUAUUCUUGGAUCUGCAAUCCGCUACAUCCAACUCCUAAGACGUAAAGAACGAGAUUAUGAGAAUGAAAUGGAGAGAUUGGCCCGAGAGAAGAUCGCCUCCCAGCAAAGGAUCACAACACUGAAGAGGGAGCUGUCUUCGACAUGGGAGCACAUAGACUUUAGCAAGCUGCUGCCGGACGAAGUUGCUGCCAAGACACCGGACAGGGAGCACAACCAGAGCAGCACACCAGCGCCGCAGAGCCUGGGGCUGAGGGCGGAGCAUAGAUACAGUUCGAGCAGCUCCCUGUCGAGCGCUGCGACUGCUCCGAGCCCCAGUGCGGUCACAACAAAUAAUCAGAUGGCAAUAACCCGCGCCUCUCCAAUAACUCAACUGAUCUCGCCGACGGCGGCGACGAUUCAAAAAUCCAACGGGCAACAGGUGAUCCAAAUAAACCAAACAAAUCAACAUAUCACGACAAACGGAACAUCAAACGGUCCCACCAUCGUCAAGACGACAAACAACCAACUUGGAGCCAAGAGGGAGCUGAACAUGUACACCAAACAAGUGCCAGUGAAUAGUAAAAUAAAUAACACGUACGCCUCUGGACAUCUGAUAAGCCAGAACGCUCUGAUUUCGAAUGGAAAAAUUGCGAGAUUGGAGGGCCAGCCCCAGGUCAAACUGGUGAAUGGGACUCCGUCUCUGGCUCUGGUCACACAAACAGACAAUCAUGAUAAGGAUGUUAAGGUUCAGCCGACACAAAUCACGCUGUCGCAGGUCAUCCCAGGAGGUAGCUUAGUGGUCAGUCCAAUUCAAUUGUCUCUUGCACCACAAAACAUUAGAGUUUUGGGCAGUGCAGCCACGAUUGAACUUGCAACAAGCUCUUCUUCCCAACGUCUAAGAGAUACAUCGGUAACAUCAACAACUCACGUGAGAAAAAUUCUUGUGCCUCAAUCUUCCGCCGGAAGUCCAGUGGUGGCGGUUCCUCAAGAGAAUGGCGCCAAUGGUCCGUUGGGCGGUCGAUUACCAGGCGGUGCAGAACUUAAUCUGCUGCCCACUAACGGAGGGCCGCAGGUGGUGAAGAACAAUUCGAACCAUCAGCCCAACAUUCUUUAUCGGACAAACAAGACGGGCGGAGCCUUGAUUGUCAACAAUGGGAUUGCUUUGAAAUCAGGUGAAAAUGCGAGUUCUCGGCCUGUCCACGUGAUGACUCCAAUAGGAAGUUGCGCGACAUCUCUUUCGGGGCUGACGCCCCUUGUCGUGUCCCAGAGUCAAGGGGGACAAGUGACACAUAUCGUUGCUUCGCCCUCGCAGUUGGGAGGAAAGUAUCUCAGUGCCGCUCUGGUUAAACCAAUGGUCGUCGUCAGUACAAGCGGAAAUGUCCAGUCAACUUCAACAUCAUCAAAUUAAUUCAGGAACAGGACUGAUUAUUGAUUCACGAGGACAAACUUCUGCCGCCCCCAUAUGCAGAUCACAAUAACAAAA